CACCCACAGCUUAGCUCUAUAAAUACCGAGCUAACCAGGUAGGAAAGGCUGCGAGUCGAGUUUCGGUGAAGAAUAGAGGUCUGGUUCGAUUGAGAGAGCACCGAUUUUACAGAUCUGAGCUUAAUAUAACUACUUUGCUCUUUCCUUCUUCCAUUUCAGAUAUAAAGAUGGAGACCUUCCUAUUCACCUCCGAGUCCGUGAACGAGGGUCACCCAGACAAACUCUGUGACCAGAUCUCUGAUGCCGUGCUCGACGCCUGCCUUGCCCAGGACCCUGACAGCAAGGUUGCCUGUGAGACAUGCACCAAGACCAACAUGGUCAUGGUCUUCGGAGAGAUCACCACCAAGGCCAACGUAGAUUAUGAGAAGAUCGUCCGUGACACAUGCCGCGCUAUUGGAUUCGUUUCUGAUGAUGUCGGUCUUGAUGCUGACAACUGCAAGGUUCUGGUUAACAUUGAACAGCAGAGCCCUGAUAUUGCCCAGGGUGUCCAUGGACACUUUACCAAGCGCCCUGAGGAGAUUGGUGCUGGUGACCAGGGCCAUAUGUUUGGUUAUGCCACUGAUGAAACUCCUGAGUUGAUGCCACUUAGCCAUGUCCUUGCCACCAAGCUUGGUGCCCGUCUCACUGAGGUCAGGAAGGACGGCACCUGCCCCUGGUUGAGACCCGACGGCAAGACCCAAGUGACAGUUGAGUACUACAAUGAGGAUGGAGCCAUGGUUCCUGUCCGCGUUCACACUGUCCUCAUCUCCACCCAGCACGACGAAACUGUCACAAACGAUGAGAUUGCUGCUGACCUUAAGGAACAUGUCAUCAAGCCAGUCAUCCCCGAGAAGUACCUUGACGAGAAGACCAUCUUCCACUUGAACCCUUCAGGCCGCUUUGUCAUUGGUGGUCCACACGGUGAUGCUGGUCUUACUGGCCGUAAGAUCAUCAUCGAUACCUAUGGUGGUUGGGGAGCUCAUGGUGGUGGUGCUUUCUCCGGAAAGGACCCUACCAAGGUGGACAGAAGUGGAGCCUACAUUGUCAGGCAGGCUGCCAAGAGUAUUGUAGCCAGCGGGCUUGCUCGUAGGUGCAUUGUGCAGGUCUCUUACGCCAUUGGUGUCCCUGAGCCGUUGUCCGUCUUUGUUGACACUUACAAGACUGGAAAGAUUCCGGACAAGGAGAUCCUCGAAAUUGUUAAGGAGAACUUUGACUUCAGGCCUGGAAUGAUCACCAUCAACCUCGACUUGAAGAGAGGCGGCAACGGCAGGUUCCUAAAGACAGCCGCCUACGGACACUUUGGAAGGGAUGACGCUGACUUCACCUGGGAGGUUGUGAAGCCCCUCAAGUGGGAGAAGCCACAGUCUUGAGUCUUAAGCCACAAAGCCAGCUGUUGAAUUGUCUUGGAUAUUUUGGUAUUGAAUUUUAAUAAUUUUGUGUGUUUGAUUUGCCGCUGCUGCUGGUCCUCUUUUAUAAUUUUAGAUAUGCAAUAGCUUUUAAUAUGUUCUAAAUAUCAUCAUACUGAAGUGAAGAUGCUCUUCUUUUUUUGGGGAA